GGCACUAAUGAGCGGUCCGUCCCCGCGCUCUCCUGCCUGGAAGUGCUGACAGAUCAAGGCAACAAAUUUCAAUUACAAGCCCUAAUUUGUGUCCGCAGAGCGUUUGUUACCCAUGUCAGUCCUGUUGGGCCCAUCAGACGGGGCAGAGCGAGGAGGAGGAGGAGAAGGAGGAGGAGGGGGAGAAAAAGGGAGCAUCUGCAAAAAGGAAUAGAGUUGUUGUUUUUUUUUUCUCCCCUUGAAAAAAAAAAAAAAAAGAAAAAAAAAAAACUUGGCUGAUAACUCGGAUUUAAAAAGAAAGGCGAGGAAAAGCCCCGGCCCCAGCCGGCGCGGUCGGGAGGACGGGCGGGCGGCGCUGGCUGCAGGGGGGGCAUGGCCGACAAGCGGCGGGCCUCGCCCGGCACCACCAUGAGCCUGAAGGCUCACGCCUUUUCGGUGGAGGCGCUCAUCGGGGCCGAGAAGCAGCAGCCGCCCGCGCCGCCCCCGCGGCAGCCCAAGCGGCGGAAGGUGGGCGGCGAGGACGAGGCGGCGGACGACGAAGGGGGCAGCGGCUGCUGCGCCGGGAGCCCGGCGGCCACCAGCGGCAGGAACGGCGGCGACAUGGAGCCGGGCUGCGCCCGCGGGCCCGCCGGUGAGUGCCGCUCAGGCCCGGGGACGGGGCGGGGGGCGACGGGGAGGGCGAGCGCCGAUGAGGGUUUCGCGGCGGCGUCCCCGCCCGCCUCGCCCGGCGGCGGCGGCUCCCCGAAGGGCUCCGGGCCCGCCUCGCCUCUGCCCGCGCCCCAGGCGCCGCGAGUUGAGCUGCAGGGCGCCGAGCUCUGGAAGCGCUUCCACGAGAUUGGCACCGAGAUGAUCAUCACCAAGGCGGGCAGGCGGAUGUUUCCCGCAAUGAGAGUGAAGAUCUCAGGUUUAGACCCCCAUCAGCAGUAUUACAUCGCCAUGGAUAUUGUGCCAGUGGAUAACAAAAGAUACAGGUAUGUUUAUCAUAGCUCCAAGUGGAUGGUGGCCGGCAACGCUGACUCCCCAGUACCGCCUCGUGUUUAUAUUCACCCCGAUUCACCUGCCUCCGGGGAGACGUGGAUGAGACAAGUGAUCAGCUUUGACAAACUAAAGCUCACCAAUAAUGAACUUGAUGAUCAAGGGCAUAUUAUCCUUCACUCUAUGCAUAAAUACCAGCCUCGUGUCCACAUCAUCCGAAAAGACUGUGGAGAUGAUCUGUCCCCGAUCAAGCCUAUCCCUUCGGGAGAAGGAGUCAAAGCAUUCUCCUUUCCAGAGACAGUUUUCACCACUGUCACAGCAUACCAAAAUCAACAGAUAACUCGUCUGAAGAUUGACAGGAAUCCAUUUGCCAAAGGGUUUAGAGAUUCAGGACGUAACAGAAUGGGACUGGAAGCUUUGGUGGAGUCUUACGCCUUCUGGAGACCUUCACUUCGGACACUUACAUUUGAAGAUAUACCUGGGAUACCUAAACAAGGAAAUGCAGGUUCUUCUACCUUACUCCAGGGAUCUGGCAGUGGAGUGCCUUCUACCCACCCUCACCUUUUGCCGGGUUCCCCUUGCUCAUCUCCAGCCUUCCAUCUCAGCCCCAACACUAGCCAGCUCUGUAGCCUUGCUCCUGCUGACUACACAGCUUGUGCCCGCUCAGGUUUGACCCUGAACAGAUACAGCACUUCCUUGGCUGAAACCUACAACAGGCUCACAAACCAAAGCAGUGAGACGUUUGCACCCCCAAGGACUCCCUCUUAUGUUGGUGUGUCAAGUAGCACAACUGUGAAUAUGUCAAUGAGCGGCAAUGACGGGGAUGCAUUCAGCUGCCCGCAAACUGGCUUAUCUAUGCAGAUUUCAGGGAUGUCUCCACAGCUCCAGUACAUCAUGCCAUCCCCUUCCGGCAAUGCCUUUACCACUAAUCAAACCCACCAAGGCUCCUACAACACAUUUAGACUGCACAGUCCCUGUGCGCUGUACGGAUAUAACUUUUCGACAUCCCCUAAACUGGCUGCCAGUCCUGAGAAAAUUGUUUCUUCCCAAGGAAGUUUCUUGGGGUCCUCGCCGAGUGGAACCAUGACGGAUCGGCAGAUGUUGCCCCCUGUGGAAGGAGUGCACUUACUUAGCAGUGGGGGGCAGCAGAAUUUCUUUGACUCUAGGACCCUAGGAAGCUUGACACUCUCAUCUUCUCAAGUGUCUGCACAUAUGGUUUGAUGAAGCCUUUAAGUAAAAGUACAGUAUGUUUUGUGUCUACAAUGUAUUUCUUUUGGAAUAUGAAGGGACAAUCAAUGUAGCUUGUAAAGUGUGUGUAUAUAUAAUAUGAGAGGAAGUUUCACUGAAUUUUUGACUUGUUUGCAGCCAGAUUAUUCUCCUUUUUUUGAGCUACACGGAGUUUUCUGUGGUGCAGACUGCUUUAGUUUUCUGGUACACUUAGUUGUGUAACACGUUGGGACAUAUGCAACAAAUUAAGUAAGACUUCCUCCCCUUUCCCCCUCCUCUGUUCUAAGCCCUUUAAAGAAUUAAAUGACACUUAGAGUAUUAAACGACACAAACAAGCCCACUUACAUUGCCUGUAGUACUAGUGAGAUUCUUUAAAACAUUCAUACAGUGUUAAGCUGAUGCACCAAAGGCAUUUUACAAUCUUCUUCUCUGUUAUAAGGGAUAUGAAGGGUAUUUGGACUUUCAAGUGUUAAGUAUCAAGCAUCCAGCCUAAAAUAGAAGUUUAGCUAAUGGAUUAUUUACAAAGUAAACAGAAAGAUUAGUUUGCCUUCUCAUGAUACGCUGUUUUUAGCUUAUCAACGGCACAGCAUUCUUACUAGGAUUUUUUUUUUCUGCAUUAGUCUAGAUUUAUGAUUAGGAAUUUGAAGACAAAUAAUGCGUAUUCAAAUUGUGGUGAUGUGAGUGAUUUAAGUGAACAGCCAAAGAAAUGGCAUUCCUUGAUACAGAAUGAACUUUGGGGUGCUUCAUUUUUGUCAAAGGAAGGGCUUGACGCAUCUUUUUUCCAUCGUAAAUAUUGCCUAUAAGACAUUUACUGAACAGUAGGAUAUUCUAAUGUAUCUUUGUUUUUAUAUUUUUACUUUUUUAAAGCAAAUGCAGGUUUGAUUUAGAAAAAGUGUGCAGGACAAGAAAUUCCGUUAUUGAUUUUACCCUUUUUUGUGUGUUGUUGUGAUCUCCCUUUUUUUUUUUUUUUUUUUUUUUUUUUUAAUAAGAACAAGAAGUCCUCAGUAUCUCAUAAAUUGUACGUACAUUGCCUGCAGCCAUUAGGUGAAUAACCCAGUUUGCCCACAAGUAUUACUGGAAGCAGAACUUUCUUCUAGCUGCCUCCCUGUAAUGUGGCCAAGUUGGCACCGGGAUUACAAUAGGCAAAAUUCCUUUAAUAGUUUACUUUGUAAGGUACUGUGUAACACCUACCACCUAUUUCCCCCCCUCCAGGGAGCCCUCUGUCUUCGGUUGUUGUUCCUUUCUGUCAUGGGGCUACCGCUGCUCUGUUUCUCAAACAGUCUUUGCUGUGGAAUUCCCAUCUCUGGUUUAACUGGUGUUUGCAAGAACGGAGCGCAGAUCAAAAUCUGCUCCUGAUCAAGCUUCUCCAGAGUGAUGAGCACACGGGGAGAUACUGGUCCUGGGGAUGCUUCUGCCCUCAUCUGUGCCUGCACCUCUGUGGUGUGGACGGCUGCGAGAGCUGCCUUCCGGCUGCGUGCUUGUUGGAGCUGAAGCACUGAGGGUAUGGAAGCGAUUUUAAUGCUUGAGAGAAUGAGUCAUCUUCAACAUUGCCCUAAGCCUCCUCUGUACUAUGCAGGUGAUAUGAAGGUGUUAUAAAGUGAGUACAAAUGUAACUGGAAAGGCUUCCCUGUUCAGCAUUGAAAGAGAAAAAGGCCUGAAGUUUUUACAUUUUUCAGUGAAACUGAAUUGUUACAUUUUGCAAGAGUUCUAAUGUCUUUCCUGGCAAACAGUGGGCUUAAUGUUUCUUCAGUAGAUUAGAGAUAGCGCAUACAGAAGCAGCUCUCUCUCUAUCUUUUCUUAGUGCUUAGGAAAAGAAGAAAGACCACAACUAACUUUAAGCUGGUGCCUGGAGAAGGCUCUACUUCUAUUACUUAUAUUUUGUUUAUGUUAAAGAAGACACUUAGAAAGUUCUCACUAAAGCUGGAAAGAUAAGAGGGAGAGCCUGCCAAGGAGGAGAUGAGUUUACUUCUUUGUUGUCACAAGCUUCCCAAGUGACCUUUUGCAGUUCACUCAGCUUUUUUUUUCUUCUGUAAAAUGUGUUAAUAGCACUUUUCUGCCUCAUUAGGAAAUGCUGACUGUACAUGAAAGGUGAAGAUGAUCUUUACAGCUGAUGUACAGUGGGCAGUACAUUCUGGAUGAAUGGCUGGGUAGUGCCCAUGUGUGGGGAUAACAAAGAGCAUUCAUGUACUUUGGGUCUGUUGCUAGUUUCUGGCAUUGCAGUGUCCUUUGAUGCAGACCUACAAUGCUAAAAACGUUGUUCAAAAAACUCCCAGUAAUAAUUUGUGAAAAGGUGUGUAGAAGAUGGGCAAAUUUUCAAUGAUGUGAGUUGUCAUAGCUCUAUUGGUUUCAGUCAACAAGAGUUGUGCAUAGUAAUUUCUGCUUCAGCCAAAACUUUGAAAUGUUGCAGUUGGACAUAAUGCUAAAUGAGAGGAAUUGGUACAAUUAAUCUGUACGUGAAAAGGAAUAAGCAGUAUAAUUAUCCAUGCCAUCUUAAAGGCAGUGACUGUGUAGAAAUGUGGAAGAGCUAAGUUAUGCAAGUUCCUACGAGGAGGAAAAGUCGACUGUGUAUGGAUGUGCACGGAGGUGGCCCCAGCAAGAGUAUGUACUUUGUCACCUGGGAACUGUUUAGAACUGUUCUCAUAUUCUUCCUGAAAUUAUUCCUUUCAUAUAACCGCACAAUAUGUUUUGAAACAUUUGUUCCUUAAAAUUUGAAUCAUACUGUAAAUACUUACUGGUGUGCCAUUGUGAAAAGUCUAGCUUUUUAUUAACAUAGUAAAUGCUAUAUAUGCCUUAUA